AUUCUAAAUAAUAAAAUAUGGGGCUCGCUUCAGAACAAAUCCUAUUUACGAGUUUUUAUAACCAAACUUCUUAUCUGGCACUCACAAAAGGAUCACACUGUUUAUCGAGCAGAAAAGAUAACUCCAACGACUUGCGACUCAUUAAUGUACAUAUUUAUCCAUUAUACAUAUGUAAAUUUCUCCAGCAUUUAUUUUUCAUGAAAAGAUUCUAUUAUCUUUAAGUCGACAUUCGACGAAUAUUUGAUUAAAACAAGAAUAGUUUUGCCGAAAUAUUGAACUCUUCAUUAUGGAAGCAGUUUAUAGUUUGAAACACGAAAAUCCCAGAAUCAGAGCCAAUAUAGUUUCGAAGAUCUUUUUUGUAUGGAUGAUGAAGCUAUGUUACAAAGGAACUAAAAAAACCCUCGAAGUAAUUGACCUUUACAAAACCCUCGCAUGUGACGAAUCAGAACCAUUAACAAACAAUCUUGAAAAGAACUGGAACCAAGAACUGGUCGACUCCAAACUAGGAGCUAAAAAAAGCCCCAGUUUGGUUAGAGCAAUCAUAAAAACUUUCUUCUGGAACUACAUGACCUACGGUAUUUGUCUCUUCGUCCAGAUGAUGUUAAUCCGAUCAUUCCAACCCUUCGUACUCGCAUACUUCAUCAGUUUAUUUUCCGACGACAUCGAAACCGACCAAAACCAGAUGUAUAUUUACGGUUCGGUUCUAAUGAUUCAGUCAAUUUUGCUUGUAGUUUCUAUCCAUCACAUCGAGUGUGGACAAGCCUCAGUCGGAAUGCGGAUACGCAUCUCCGUUUCUUCACUGAUUUACAGAAAAAUGUUAAGACUCAGCAAAAAAUCUUUAGGGGAAACUGCAGCUGGUCAGGUCGUUAAUUUGUUGUCAAAUGACGUCAAUCGAUUCGAUUUUGUUACCCUAGCUCUGCACUACUUGUGGAUUGCACCGCUUCAAAUUGUGCUCGUAACUUACUUAAUUUGGAUUGAAAUGGGGGUUUCCACUUUGGCGGGGGUGCUCUUCAUUCUAUGCCUGACUCUACCGGUACAAGCUUACUUGGCCAAACUCACCUCGCGUUUUCGGUUAGCCGUAGCCCAAAGAACAGAUCGAAGAGUACGUUUAAUGAACGAGGUAAUUUCUGGGAUUCAGAUAAUCAAGAUGUACGCUUGGGAAAAACCAUUCGAACAAAUCAUCAAAAUGGCGCGCAAAAACGAAAUCAACGCUAUAACGAAGGCAUCGUACUUAAGAGGAAUAUUCUUAAGCUGCAUGGUUUUCAUAGAACGAGCAACACUUUUUCUCACAGUGACUUGUUUUUUCUUAUUGGGGAAUCCCAUAACAGCAGAUAAGGUUUUCUCAAUUGCACAGUACUUCAACGUUCUCCAAAUGGCAAUGGCGAUUUGUAUUCCCAUGGCUGUGACUUUCGGCGCCGAAUCUUUGAUAUCAAUUCAGAGACUGCGUGAAUUCCUUUUAUUAGAAGAGAAAUCGGAAUCAGCGGUUGAGCUUAAAACCAAUGAAAACGUAACUUUCACGAAUGUUAAUGCUUCCUGGACCUCCGACAAAACAACUAUAAGCGACUUCAGUUUGUGUGUCCCGAGUGGGAGUUUGUGUGCCAUCGUGGGACCCGUCGGUGCCGGUAAAUCUUCGAUUCUUCAGAUGCUCCUGGGGGAACUACCGCCAACAACGGGGUCGAUCCAUGUAGGAGGCACCAUAUCGUACGCAUCCCAGGAGUCUUGGUUGUUUGCGUCAAGCGUGCGCAAUAACAUCUUGUUUGGUCAAAAGUACGACAGGGCUCUUUAUCGAAAGAUAGUCAAAGUAUGUGCUUUAGAGAAAGACUUUCAACAGUUUCCUCAAGGUGACAGAACUGUGGUGGGCGAAAAAGGGGUUUCUUUGAGUGGAGGACAAAGAGCUCGAGUCAACCUAGCGAGGGCUGUUUACAGACAAGCCGAUAUUUACUUACUGGACGAUCCCUUAUCUGCAGUUGAUACACACGUCGGUAAACACCUCUUUGAAGAAUGCGUUCUUAGAUACUUAAAAGAUAAAACUAGAAUUUUGGUGACUCAUCAGUUGCAGUAUUUGAAACAAGCGGAUUAUAUUGUGGUCAUAAACGAAGGGCGGAUCGAGGCUCAGGGAACUUUCAGCGAGUUGAUCAACAGCGAUGUGGAUUUUACUAAAUUGUUGGUUUCUGAAGACGAGGAGAGCGAACAGGUGGAAGUUAAAGCCGUCAGAGACAGAGCAGCGUCGAUCGUUUCACACAAAAGUAUUGCAAGUGAAAAGAGCGAAAUAGUCGAAAAAGUGGAAAAUAUGGAAGAAAUGAGCGCUUCGGAUGGCACUCCGUUCGAAGACUACAUUAAAGCGUCUGGAAGCUGUUGUAAAAUAUUCGGUCUGAUUUCUCUUUUGAUUUUGGCUCAAGCUUGUUGUAACGGUGCCGACUUGUGGCUUACGCUAUGGACGCAGCAGGAAUCAAUAAGAAACUCCAACAUCUCCGUCACCAAUUCGUCGAACGACUGGUUGGACGCGGUCACAGAUACUCUUACUUCCGGCGACGAAAUCAUCCGCCUAAUCAAAUCAGAAGUCUUCAUCUACUUCUACUUGGUGGUUAUAAUUCUAGCGAUUAUUCUCACCUUGUCGCGAUCCUUUGCCUUCUUUAAAAUGGCGAUGAACGCCUCGAAAAACUUACACAACCAAAUGUUCCACUCGCUUCUGCAAGCUCCAAUGCGAUUCUUCGACACGAACCCCAGCGGUCGAGUCCUGAACCGUUUUUCCAAAGAUAUGGGUGCCGCCGAUGAAUUUCUGCCACGCGUUUUAAUCGACGCCAUCCAAAUACUUCUCGUGAUGUCAGGAAUUCUGAUCAUGAUCGUCAUCGCUAACUACUACAUGUUAGUCCCGAUAGUGAUCAUCGGGUUCUUAUUUUUUAAAGUUCGUGGAUGGUACUUGGCCACCGCUAGAGAUGUCAAACAUCUGGAAGGCAUGACAAAAUCUAGCGUUUUUUCGCACCUCAAUUCCACUUUCAACGGAAUCACGACAAUCAGAGCGUCAAAAGCUGAACAGGUUUUGAUGAGGGAGUUUGAUUUGCACCAGGACACGCACACGUCGGCUUGGUUUUUGACGAUAUCCACAAGAGUCGCUUUUGGCUUGUGGCUGGACUUGCUGAGCGUGACUUUCAUUACGAUCGUGAUCUUCAGCUUUAUACUCCUCACGUAUUAUUCCUACGUGAGCGGUAGCUUUGUUGGGUUGGCCAUCUCUCAGUCGCUGAUUCUAUCGGGAAUGCUGCAAUACGGAAUGCGACAAACAGCCGAAGUGGUAAAUCAACUCACGAGUGUGGAAAGAGUGAUGCAGUACAGUAGACUUGACAAUGAGCAUGCAAACGCUAGGGCUAUAGAAACUGUGAAACAAUCGUGGCCAAGUAGAGGUUUAGUCGAGUUUAGAGAUCUUUCGCUGAGAUACUCAGAAUCCGAUCCUCCGGUUUUGAGAAACUUGAACUUUGAUAUAACUCCUGGAAGUAAAAUUGGUAUUGUUGGUAGAACGGGAGCUGGGAAGUCAUCGCUCAUUUCCGCCCUGUUCCGUCUGGCUCCCAUCGAAGGCGGAAUUUUUAUAGAUGGAGUGAACACUCAGUCGAUUCCCUUGGGUCAAUUAAGAAAGUGCAUUUCCAUCAUACCUCAAGAACCUGUACUGUUUUCGGCCACUCUGCGUUAUAAUUUGGACCCAUUUCAGGAGUUUGACGACCGUAAAUUGUGGGAUGUAUUAGAACAGGUUGAAUUGAAAGAGAGUGUGCGGGAUCUCGACAUAAUCGUCUCCGAAGGCGGCAGUAAUUUCAGUCUAGGCCAGAGGCAGCUCGUAUGUCUGGCCAGAGCGAUUCUGAGAAACAACAAAAUUCUGGUUUUGGACGAAGCGACUGCUAACGUCGAUCCAAGAACCGAUUCUUUAAUCCAACACACCAUCCGAAAACGGUUUCGGGAUUGUACCGUUUUAACGAUUGCACAUCGCCUCAACACCAUCAUGGAUUCCGACGGAGUUCUGGUGAUGAAUGCGGGACGCAUGGUUGAGUUCAACCAUCCACAUGUCUUGUUACAAGAGGAAGACGGGUACUUUUCGAAAAUGGUGGCGGAAACGGGGCCUGCGAUGGCCCUGCAGUUAAAACAGAUCGCAGAAGAAUUUUACAGCGUAAAUGUAAUUAAAAGUGAAGUCUGAUGUAAUGUUAGUUGACUCUAACAUCAAGCGUAAUUAAAGAAAACAGUAAUCGAGUACACAGAACGUCGAGAUAAGGAGUUUUAAUGACCGCGCUUCAGUUAGGUAUGUACG